GUUGCGGCUGUUGGGUGGGAGCUGCGGCUGGGGAAAUCCUAUGAAUUCCAAAAUGAAACAGAAACUAAAUGCAGAAAAAUCAUCAGGAUCUUUGCAGAAGUACAUCACAGACACCACAUGCAGUACUACAAGACAGACUCUUAAAAUGAUUCAGCCGUCGGCAACAGGUUGCCUGGUUGGCAGACGUAAUGAGAAGAAAUCUUCAAUCAAAAGUACACUCAGUAAGUUGACCUCAAAGUCUUGUAAAGCUGAGGUGUUUGUGGACAAGGAGCAAGAAAAUGAUACUAUGAAUGAUGCCAUUCAAGCUGCAGAUCUCAUGACAAAAGGAAGUCCUUCAUCUCAGUAUUGGAAAGAAGUGGCUGAAGAAAGGAGAAAGGCUCUGUAUGAAGUACUUCAAGAAAAUGAAAAGUUGCACAAAGAAAUUGAACAGAAAGAUGGUGAAAUUGCCCGCCUAAAGGAAGAAAAUGAAGAGCUGAUGUCCAUUGCUGAACAUGUGCAUUAUAUGACCAGCAUGAUUGAGAGGUUAACCAGGCAAGCACCUGACAAUCUUGAGACACUGGAGAGUUGGGCUCUAGAGGAAGCCAAAGAAGGAAAUGAAGAGCUCAGCUGUGGAAAUGAUGGAGACAGCACUUCUGAAGAAAGACCAUCACAAGUAUCAUGUGUCUUAAAGGAGAGUAUAUCAGACCUUGCUUCAAAGGAGGCAAAUCUGCAACUGGAAUGACAACCUUUAAGCAGGCUUCUGUAUGUGGCUUUUAAUUGCAGACUGCCUCUUUAAAGGAUAUACUGAAACUUCUCAGGUGUAGAAACUCUUGCAGAAGCAUUACAGAUGUUGGUUUUUAACUGGAAUGAUGUAGCAGUGGGAGUAGCUGGAUACUGCAUAGAAAACUUACUACAGGCUGCAUUUAGUUGCUUGUGUAAAAUGCAAAUACUGUGUAUUUCAAAGUGUGUAUGUAUCUUUAUCAGUUGCUCUCACAUGAUUUGUGAAAAUUGAUAAAUAAAUCCUUGCUUUCCCAAAGCAGCCUCUUAAUAGAGUGAGGAAUAGCUGUUUCUAAGCUUGUAAGCCAGUUGUGACUGCUGUAGAUGGGAGUUUUCAAGUUUUCCUAGGGAGUGCCUGGGUAGUUAACUCCUUAGAUGUGUGGAGUACUGGAGAACAGGGUGGUUUUAAUGGAUAGGGAAAGUAAAAUGAAACUUGUGUGUUGUUGGUGAGGCUUCAGAAGGUCAAGAAUGAUGGAUAGUAAUAGUUAGAUUAAUGCUUUUUGCCUCUGUCUUAAAGGAGCUUUUUUCCAAGACACAGAUGAGAACUUAUAUAGAAAGUGUUAGACUCUCAGAAGUACAUUUAUUGGCCUGCAAAGAAAAGAUGGGUGUUCUUGUUGCUAAUACCAGAUGAACUGGAAGUUAGAUGGAGACAAAGCAGCCUGCACUUCACAGCUUUUCUGAAAGGAAACUUGACUUUUGUUUUUAGACUACUGCUCUAGUCUUUAAGAGAUGAGGCACCUUGUUACCAAAACAAUGAUGUUCUGAGGACUUUGAGAGAGUAAAAAGUGGUCUUUAAACUUUCAGCAUCUUAUCUGGCAUCCAUGUGAGGAGGGGUGGGGUGGGAAAUGCUUGCUGUUGAAAGGAGCAAGGUAGAAGGUGGGUAGAAUUUGAAUACAGGUUUUCCAGUCCUGGAUGAGCUUAGCCAUUGUUCUGUAAGUAAGGAUCUUCCAAAGAUAGGCUUUAAAAGAUUGUGGCCUCUUCACAAUAUCUUGUGAAGAGGUUAAAGCUGUGUGGCUCUCAGGAGGCAGAAGCAAUCAGGGAUUUCUAGUUAGUGAUUCUAUCAGGUCUUGCCAAAAUGGGUGCUCUGUGGUAUGUCUUCACACCUGUGGAGCUAUAUGAUUGGCACCUUUAGAUUCCUUUCAUAUCUUCUCCCUGUGUCAGCAGCUUGGUUUCAAAACUGAUUUUGGCUGUGACAUUCUGUGACAGAGCCAUUUUAGGAAGUCAUUCCUUCUGGCUUCUAUUCACCUUGAAUCUGGUAACUGCAAGUUGAGGCAUUAUUGGGAACUUCAUAAACAAAAGACUACACAUUCCUAUUUGUACUCUAGAGGGUGGUUAGCCCUAAUCCUUUCCAUCGCAGUGCAGAAAUGGUUACAAAGGUGUGUCCUUUAACUUGCACUGAUGCUGUUUAAGUUAAAAAAAACACCAACAGCUAGGUGCUGGGUAACUGCUUUGUAGAGUAGCCUUGGUUUUCUGUUUGAAAGCAAUAGGUUUAAGCUACUUGGCAGUAUUUUCUAUCUCAGAUUCUAAGCAAUUUUCGUGUCACAGUGGUUCAACAAUAGUAAGGAAAUGCAUAAAAUUAGACUUCUAAUAAUCUUCAUGCAGUGCCAUUUAGUGUAAGCUAUUCAUGGUUAACAGUCAAGUUAUUUUCAGAGGUGACUUUAAACAUCAGGAGUAUUUUGCUUUUGCAGAGACUUGUAGAAGGGAAGGAAGCACACUUGUAUAACUAGCUGGCUAGGCAGACCAGUCCAGCUGACACAGCAAGUGCCACUUUGCCAUUUCUCCUCUUGCUCUGUGAACUGCUGUUAAGUGUUGGUGUUAGAAGAACUCAGUAACUACCAAGUCCAGAACUCGCAUGCAUUUGUCUGCAUCAGGCUCUUCCUUAUUUUCAUCAAGAUGGGCCAAAAUUGCUUAUUAGAUUUAAGUCUUGUGCUUUUUCUUGAAUUAUUUAAAUAAUAAAGACAAGAUUAUCUCUUGAGAGGCUGCAUCCUUCUGAUGAAAUGAGUUGUCUACAAAAUAAAUCAUGCGUGUUUUUUAUGUAGGCUAGUGAAGGUGUUAACAGCAUUUGUCUCACCUCUAAUAACUUUUUACAUCAAAAAGCUAUGCCACUUAGUCAUACAUACACCUGUACCUAAAGUCUUCAAAUCAAGGCUACUGUGGUCUUACUAACUUCAGUUCAUUAGCAGAGAGAACAGUUUGCUGUGUAAACUCUUGGAAAAACAACAUACUGUAGGAGAAGAUCAUAUGAGAACUGAGUUGUGGCCUAUGAACCAUAUACAUGAUCUGUCAUGGAUGUACUGGACCUUAAUCAGACAAUCUCCCUACACCUUUUAUAUCAGAAAUAUUAAUGUAUGAAAGUGUUGUCAGUUUUAUGGUGUCGCAUUAAUCAUUGUUUAAAAAUGUUGUUGAAGGGUCAAGUUUCAUUUAUUGUCCUGAAAAUGCCUGGGGUUUUUGUUGUUUUAAAGCAUGCAUGCACUUAGAAAUGUGUUAUAGUAACUCUAGGAAGUUUCUCUGCACAUGAGAAAGGCUUGUCAAAUGUGUAGAAAUUAUGCAGAUUUAUGUAAUCAGUUGUCUUAACCAUCUGACCUUUUAUUUUUAUCAGGAAACCUUUGUUUACCAAUGAAACACAACUACAUAUGUGCUGAAAAUCAACAUCCCAAAAGAGAACUUUAAUUAUUCAGCCACAUUGCAGAGAAUAUUCUGUCUAGCAGA